AUGAAGUCUACCGUCAUACGUUCUGUGCUGGCGGAAGUGUAUGCGGCAGACAAAGCGCCUGGAUGCUCUGAGCUGGCGUCAUCCUCAACUAUUUUCGCCAUCCUUCGAAAAGCAGUGCUCAGACGGAGUGAUUCUGCCGCCGAAUUUGAGAAAGCUUCUCGUCCUGAUCUAGCACAGAAAGAGAAGAAUGAAGCUGAGCUCCUGGAGCCAUUUCUCCCACCACUUCUCUCUGAGGCAGAAAUAGAUCGCGCCUUACGCGAGGUGAUCUCCGAACAGCCUCAGCUUACCAGUGACGCAAACCCCCGCAAGGUCAUGGGUCUCGUGUUCAAGUCAUUCUACACAAAAGUGGACCGCUCAUCUGUCGACGCCGACCUCGUGCGCCGAAGAGCAGAAGCAUUACUUGCGGGUGCAUGA